UCUUUUUUCUGCGUUUUGUAGAAAUCACGACGGAUGAAAGUCUUCGUGAAAUAACAACAAAACGCUAUCGUAAAUAUUGGCCCACGCAAAUGAAUGCCUAUACCAUACACCAAGUUACAAGGCCGUACGUCAAAGACCGAAUGAAUAAACAUUAAUGAAGACACAGCAAUAUUUUUAUUGAUACUGUUUUUGAAUGAAUUAUUAUUGGCUCACUGUGAACCUUUGAUGGGAAAUCUUGUGAUUUUGUCAAUUCUCUAUGCGUAUUUUAUAUGGUUGAACAAUUUUUUAAAUAAGAAUGUACAUAAAGUAAAAUAUAUUCGUUAAAUUAGUUUAUAAUAACAUUGAUGAUUUGUUUCUAAUGAUAAUUGAUUGUGUUUUCAAAAAAUGUGAGCGGAAAAUACUUUGUUGUUAGGUUAUUAGUGAAUAAUGUCAAUCAAAAUUCCACAAUUAUCAUGUUCUUGGAAUUUGUCAAACAAUCACAAAACAAGUUUAUUGAUUUGAAAUUUAAAUAAACAUGAAUGAUAAUCUAUAACACGAUGGGAGGAAGUAUAUUUGAAAUACUUCCAUUGUACCAUCAAAAUGGAAGUGGCAGAGAAAUUUGUCAUUGGAUAACACAUAUCAAAUUAUCUAGAAUUAUAAUGUUAACAUCCGCUGUUUUAUUCAUUGUACCAUUAUUUACUCACUAUUAUUUAUCAAAGGUGGAAUCUGACUCUCCAGAUAAAGAUAUUUAUCGUACAUUUUCCACACUGGAAGCUUUUGAAGAUUUUACUCCUAUGAAAGCUUCUCAAUUGAAGAUGAGAAUAGAAGAGAUGCUACGUAUUAAAGUUUCUGUAAAUAAUGAGCUUAGGGAUUUGAGUGCAAAGAGACAAAGACUUCAGAUCGAAGUUAGUAGCUUAACUCAAAGAAUUGAUGAAUUAAAACAGGAAUUAUUACACCAGCAAACAGAUCUCGAUAGAUUAAAGAUCAGUGUUGAACAAGCGCAGGUAGCUCAAAGAGAAGCAGUGGAAAGAAAUACGCCAGAAUUGGCUCCACCCAAACGUAUUUUAAUGAAUUCUAUUCCUGUAGUACUACCUAGCACAAUUCCACAUUUGUGUAGAAUGUAUAAUUGUUUUGACCAUAGUCGAUGUGCAUUGACUAGUGGUUUUCCAGUAUACUUGUAUGAUCCUGAUCAGUAUUCUGUAGUAAAUUCUGGAUGGGAUGUUGAUGGAUUUUUGAAAACUACCAUAAAACAAACCUUAGGAUACAAUCCGCAUCUUACUACAAAUGCAGCCGAAGCUUGUAUAUACAUAGUUCUUAUAGGAGAAGCUCUCUCUACUCAACAAAAUGUAGAUAAAAAAUUUCGUAAACCUAUAGAUGUAAGAAAAUUACAUGCACUCCCUUAUUGGGGCGGAGAUGGCAGAAAUCAUAUUUUGUUAAACCUAGCACGUCGAGAUCUGUCUGUAGAAUCUGGAGAUAUUUUUAGUGGAGUAGAUACAGGCAGAGCCAUAAUAGUCCAAUCCACGUUCUUUAGAAAUCAAUUUCGCGAAGGUUUUGAUUUAGUUGUUCCUCCAAUUUUGGGACCUCCGGGUGGCGACGUGUGGCAAGAAUGUGCACAAAUGUUGCCAGCAAGAAGAAAAUAUUUAUUAUCUUUUCAAGGAGAGAUGAGAUCUCCAAGAACGGCUACCAUGACACAUCAAAUUGAUGAUGCAGAUGUAGAUAUGGAAAGACUAACAGUCGAUGAAAAUAAUUUAGAUGCUUUCAUUAUUCAACAUCUUAAAGAUAUGAGUAUAGGAUUAACAUUGGAUAAAUUUUUCAUUCAGUUUGAAUGUAUACCAGCCUCUGAAGAGAAAAAUUUAAUAGAAAUACUUGACUGGUCUCUCUGUGGAACUGAUUCCUCGAGGAAAGCUAUACUGAAAGAAUCAACAUUUACUUUAAUUUUAGCUCCUAGCAAUGCUUCGUUUGUAACUACUUCAUCUAUGCAGGCUAGAUUAUAUGAAGCAUUGCGAUCGGGAUCUAUUCCAGUUUUUUUAGGUGGCGAUCAAAUUUUAUUAAGUUACAGUGAAGUUAUUAGCUGGCGCCGAGCUGCUAUCUUCUUGCCAAAGGCUAGGGUAACAGAAAUGCAUUUUCUAUUACGUGCCGUUCUCGACACUGAUCUUUUAAGUAUGCGUAGACAAGGCAGAUUAAUAUGGGAACGUUAUUUAAGUACUGCUCAAGGUGCUGUAGAUACUAUUAUAGCUGUAAUUAGGGACCGACUUGGCAUACCACCUCUGCCAGCACCUCAGACUGCCAGUCCAAGUGUCUUUAAUGAAAGCUUUGUGCCUUUAAAAUCUGAUACUAUUAUUGCUGAGCCGGAAGCAGAAGAAAGUCUGGGUCCUUUAGAGCCACCUUAUCCAUCUCCUGCUUUUAAAAGAAAUUAUACCACAAUGCUGCUACAAGGGCAUGAAAUCUGGAACGAUUGGGUGGAUCCGUUUUAUUUGUAUCCACAAUUACCUUUUGAUACCGUUCUUCCUAGUGAUGCAAAAUUUCUUGGUUCUGAAAUGGGAUUCAGACCAAUUGGCAAAGGUGCUGGAGGUGCGGGUAAAGAAUUUAGCGAAGCUUUAGGUGGAAAUUAUCCAAGAGAACAAUUUACAAUUGUUAUGUUGACAUAUGAACGAGAGCAAGUGCUUAUAAAUUCUUUGGCUCGGUUGUAUGGUUUGCCGUAUUUAAAUAAAGUGCUAAUAGUAUGGAAUAGUCCAAAACCACCCAUGGAAGACCUAAAAUGGCCUGAUAUUGGAGUUCCAAUUCAUGUAAUCAAGGCUCCACGGAAUAGUUUGAACAAUAGAUUUCUUCCAUUUGAUGCUAUCGAAACUGAAGCUGUUCUUUCAGUAGACGACGACGCUCAUUUACGACACGAUGAAAUUAUGUUUGGAUUCAGAGUGUGGAGAGAGCACCGAGAUCGUGUGGUUGGAUUUCCAGGUCGUUUCCAUGCAUGGGACCAGAAUUAUCACAAUGCGUGGAACUAUAAUUCUAAUUAUUCCUGCGAAUUAUCAAUGGUUUUAACUGGUGCCGCAUUCAUUCAUAAACACUAUACAUAUCUUUAUACACAUUGGUUACCGCAAGCAAUACGGGACAAGGUUGAUGAAUACAUGAACUGUGAAGAUAUUGCUAUGAACUUUUUGAUAUCUCAUCUCACAAGAAAACCACCUGUUAAGGUUACAUCGCGUUGGACUUUUAGAUGUCCUGGAUGUCCAGUUUCUCUUUCUGAAGAUGAUACUCAUUUUCAAGAAAGGCACAAAUGCAUCAAUUUCUUCUCUCAGGUCUUUGGAUACAUGCCUCUCUUAAACACUCAAUAUCGAGCUGAUUCGAUAUUAUUUAAAACGAGAAUUCCACAUGAUAAACAAAAAUGUUUUAAAUUUAUAUAAAAGAGAAAAAAGUAAAAAUAAUAGAAUUAUAUAUAUAUAUAUAUAUAUAUAUAUUUAGUAAAUAUCACUUGAUAGAAUUUACAUGGUUUUGAUAAAAUUUUGACUGAAUUUCCUAUAAGGUAUAUAAAUACAUAGAACAAACAUCGUAGGAUUUUUUAUUGUCGUCACUUUUUUAUUGUACCUUUUUUUAUCGAUGUACAUGUUGAUUGAGUGAAAUGCACGUUCGAAAAAAUUUAAUGAUGAAACAUCGUUGACUGCAUACAUAUAUUAUAGUAAAUAUAGGACAUAGUGCGUAAUCUUUUUAUGUCCUUGUACACAUAACUUAUAUCACACCAAUGAUAACGAUUUACGAUGCACGAAGUAGGACGAAAAAUAUAAAAAAUGAUAUUGAAGAUGUAUACAAUACGCAUAUGUAUAUAUUAAAAGUUCUAUACGACCGAAUUUGAAUACAUCACUCUUAAUUUGAGAGUACAACUAAUAUGAAUACGAUCGUUAUUCUUCAGUGAUUAUUGUUAUGUACAAUUUGCACAAUAAUCUCAUUUGUACAUAACGACAGUGUAAACUACGCUAUCUAGGAAUUAUGCUUAUCGAGAUAAUGUAAAUAACUAUAACUAAAUGGAAAUAAUUAAAUAUUACUGUUAUGGCAGUGCGCGCUAGUGAAUGAAUACGAAAACGUAUUCCAUACAAAAUUGAGAAAAAGUGCUCCUUCUACUAGAAAAUCGAUAAAAAAUAUUUAUAUCAACGUAUAAUUAUCUUUUCUUUCUAAUUUCGCUUGCCAUUUAUUCUUAUAUUGCUCUUUGAUAAUGCUUCAAUUGUUGUAUGUUAUUUUCCACUUAAAUGUGCCAAAUUUGUAAGAAUUUAAAUUAGCUUCUCUUGAUCUAUUAAUUUCACAUAAUACUCUUAACAAAUUAUUUAUAAGUACGUGUACCGCACAUUAUUCAAUUUUAUGUAACAUAUUGCAAUCAUUAUGAAACAUGAUAUAUGUAAAAAUGAUUUUGCCGAAUCUUACACGAUUGAUUGUAAAAUUUGACCUGAAUUGAGUUCAGGUGCACGUGCAAGAAAAUAAAAAUAUAUAUUAUUUAUGAUUGUA